AUGACCCUGCAGGGGCAACAGAGACAAGAGAAAGGAGGAGGUGAGGCGCCGUCGGAAGCAGAGAGAACAGGAGGUGAGGCACUAUUGGGAGCUGAGAAAGGAGGUGAGGCGCCAUCGGAGGCAGAGAGAGGAGGGGAGGCGUCACUGAAGGCAGAGAAGACUGACGUGGUUGAAGAAGAUCUGAGUCCAGAAGAGCAGAGAGAGUCCGGAGGAGGAAAGGAAUGUCAGGCAGAGGUGAGUGAGGCAGGGGCUUCCUUGGGGGCCAAGGAAGAGUCAAGGCCGGAAGAGGAAGGACCACAGCCCCAGGAGAAACAGGAAGGCUCCCUGGAGGAAGAAUCUGUAAGGCCCCAAACCCCUGCUGAGGGCCAGGGCCCCUCAGGAGACGCCACCACCCCCCUCCUGGCAGAGACCCCAGCUCCAGAGAAGCCUGCCGAGUGCCAGCCACUGCUUCAGGUGGAAGGGCCCAGGGCCAACCCUAGUGCCCGCCCCGUGCCCACCUAUGCACCUGCCCGGCAGCCCGAGCCACCUGCCCCUCCCGAGGGUGAAGAGGCAAGUGGCCCUAAGCAAAAGACGUGCCAGUGUUGUGUGGUCAUGUGA